CCUGUUUCUAAAAGCCACAUGUAUCGAAAAUGCGCCUUGCUCACACGCCCGAUGCAGACAUGACCAAGACACUUAAAAUUCACGCGUACGAAUUCGCCGGAACGUGGAUCAACCACCUCUUCGUUGAUAUCAUGCCCUACUACGUCGUGAUCAGGCUGUUUGACGCGUACCUCCACCAAGGCAUCCAAAUGCUGUUCAGGUUCGGUCUCGCGUUGUUAUACAGGUUCCAGGACCAACUCCUCAAAUGCUGCAAGAAAGAGGACUUUCUGAAAACCAUCAAGGACCAAAUCCAGCAGACCAAGCUCCCUUGUGAAAUAUUCAAGUUGGCGUGGAAAUUCAAGAUCAAGUCGAGCAUCCUCAAUUGGAGCACCAUCAAAGCCAUGAAAAGGUGCGAGUUCUCGGAUUUGUCAAAAAUCACCAAGUCACCGCAACUCUCCUAUCAACCGAAGCUGAACUUCUCGAGUAAAAUCAUUGACGAUAGCUACUGGAGGCUGAUCUACUCCUGGAUACCAAACAGGCACAGAAUUAAGGACCCGGUGCUUUUAUUCGGUGAGAGUGGAAAACCUGAGUUGAGCCUUAAAAAAAUGUACAAGGUCACUGAGGAUUGGGCGCCAACAGUCCUCCUCGUCAAGUCGGCUCAAGAUCGAGUAUUCGGAUUCUUCAUGUCUUGUCUGUGGCGAAUGACCAAGCAACACGAACACAUCGGCACGGAGGAAUGCUUCCUGUUCCAGUUAAUUCCGGACAGAGAAAAAUACGGCUGGCAACCAAAAUCCAAUAAUAUAUUCCUAAUUGCCCAAGAAGAGCUGUUCUCUAUGGGCGCCGGACAAGAUGGGUUUGGCCUGUGCGUCUGCGCCAACGGCAUGGGCAGUAGCGAGGCCUGCGAAACGUUUCAAAACAGGCCUCUCAACGGAGAUGGCCCAAGGCUGUUCCGCUGCACCGAACUGGAAGUGUUCGGGUUUGAGUGAAGCGCGUGGCUUCGCGCAUAUCAGCUCCACUGUGUAUGUAAACGGUACAUACGCGCGCAAUGCGCCUUCUCAAGGAGAACCGCCUCUCCAAGGCAAUGCACUGAGAGCGGAAGAAGAGCCGGCGGUUCGCCCAGGGCACUGUCGCUUGGAUUCCUUGUUCUCGAGAAACCACCAAUAAACAUGCCAAAAAAUUUUUUUUAUUUUUAA